UAGAUGUCUUCCACAUCAGACACCCCGACAACAGCGAGUGGGAUGAUGUCACCGCGCAGAUCAAGUUUUUCACUGCAGCUUCCUUUUACUUUUUUUUUCUCGCACUCUCUCUCUCUCCUUAAUCCUUAUCUUCAUUUCUUUGAGAGUUAACAAGAAUUAGGUGAUCGGUGCAUGACGAGCGCAUCGGAACUCUUCUCUACUCGAAGAUCGCGUCCGGGUAGAUCCGACCCGGAUUCAGAAUCCGACUCUUCUCUUUAUCGACAACACUCACAUCGACGUCACGGGAUCCAUCAUCUUAAUCACCGUCAUGAUUCCAACGGCUGUGAUCCUCCCCGACGAGCCCCGCCGCGUCUCCGACGCUUCUGCCACCAUCUUGCUCUCUCGGAACGUAGACCUGUUCAUGAUGUUCAAGGCACUUCACAGUAUUUGAAUACCAACGGUGCUGAUUUGGAAACUGAAGGUAACAGCUUUGGAAGCCUAGAGAGGCUUCCCGGAGCUGUUCUUCUCGCGAGGGAAAGACUUUUCGAAAGAUUGAGAGGCGUUUCUUUGUCUAGUAACAGUCGAACUAAUAGAGUUACACUGAGUGAGAAUCAGAGAGAGUCCUCGUUCUAUGGAGAACCAGAAGGGAUUCAAGUGUCCUAUGAAUGCAACAAGAAACCAUUAGGUCUCACACAAGGUGCCAUUAAUGGUUUACACAGGCUAACUUUUAGCUCAGCGGAGGUUAAAACCGAGAGGAGUGAUUGUAGCAUAUGUUUAGAGAGUUUCACUAACGGCGACAUGCUUAUAUCCUUACCAUGUACUCAUAGUUUCCAUUCCUCGUGCUUAAACCCUUGGCUUAAAGCUUGUGGAGAUUGCCCUUAUUGCCGUAGAGCCAUAGCUAAGGAUAUAGAAACAUGUAAAUAGGAACCUUUCCCCCUAACCAUACCCACACGCAUCUUCUGUUCUUUCUCUACACAGGUCUUUCAGUUUUGUUGUGUUUUUUUUCUGUCACAUGUUUGUUCUUGUAACGGUUUUUGUGUGCAAUUAUGAGUCUUUUUAGUUUCCUUCACUGUGAUCUCUCUUUUUAAUGUCUUGUUGGUUAUCAAAGACUUUUUCCAAAUCUUGA